CGGGCGGAGGAUCGCGCGGGCGCGGCACCUGCCUGCCGCGAGCGUCUGGCUGCCGCAGCGCCCGACAGCCCUGACUCCGAGCGGCUGCCGACAUGAGCGCAGUGUCGCAGCCGCAGGCUGCUCACAGCGCCCUGGAGAAGCCGCCCGGCACGGCGGUCCUGUGCGACAGGUGCGGGGACGUGUGCAAGGGGGAGGCGCUGCGGGUGCAGAGCAGGUACUUCCACGUCAAGUGCUUCGUCUGCAAAGCGUGCGGCUGCGACCUGGCGGAGGGCGGCUUCUUCGUGCGGCAGGGCGAGUACAUCUGCUCGCGGGACUACCAGAGGCUCUACGGCACCCGCUGCUUCAGCUGCGACCAGUUCAUCGAGGGCGAGGUGGUGUCUGCGCUGGGCAAGACCUACCACCCCGACUGCUUCGUGUGCGCCGUCUGCCGGCUGCCCUUUCCACCCGGGGACCGAGUGACCUUCAACGGGAAGGAAUGCAUGUGCCAGAAGUGCUCCCUGCCCACGUCGCUGGGCAGCACUGCGCACCUGUCCCAGGGCCUCCGGAGCUGCGGGGGCUGUGGCACAGAGAUCAAAAAUGGCCAGGCCCUGGUGGCUUUGGACAAGCACUGGCAUCUGGGCUGUUUUAAGUGCAAGAGCUGCGGGAAGCUCCUGAACGCCGAGUACAUCAGCAAGGACGGGCUGCCCUACUGUGAGGCCGACUACCACGCCAAGUUCGGCAUCCGCUGCGACGGCUGUGAGAAGUACAUCACGGGGCGCGUGCUGGAGGCGGGGGAGAAACACUACCACCCUUCGUGCGCGCUAUGUGUGAGGUGUGGCCAGAUGUUCGCAGAAGGAGAAGAGAUGUAUCUUCAAGGUUCCUCCAUCUGGCAUCCGGCAUGUCGACAAGCGGCCAGAACUGAAGACAAAAACAAGGAGACCAGAACUUCCUCGGAGAGCAUCAUUUCUGUGCCUGCUUCCAGCACCUCUGGGUCUCCGAGCCGCGUGAUUUAUGCGAAGCUCGGUGGGGAGAUCCUUGACUACAGGGACUUGGCUGCCCUUCCCAAAAAUAAGGCCAUCUAUGACAUCGACCGCCCCGACAUGAUCUCCUACUCGCCCUACAUCAGCCACUCCACAGGGGACAGGCAGAGCUGCGGCGAGUCACCUCAGUUGCUCUCACCAACGCCGACUGAGGGGGACCAGGACGACCGCUCCUACAAGCAGUGCCGGACCUCCAGCCCCAGCUCCACUGGCUCGGUCAGCCUCGGGCGCUACACGCCGACCUCACGCUCGCCCCAGCACUACAGCCGUCCAGCUGGUACUGUGAGUGUUGGUACCAGUAGCUGCCUCUCCCUGUCCCAACACCCAAGCCCUACAUCCGUGUUCAGACAUCAUUACAUCCCCUACUUCCGAGGCAGUGAAAGUGGCCGGAGCACCCCCAGCCUCUCCGUGCUGUCAGACAGCAAGCCUCCUUCCUCCACCUACCAGCAGGCGCCUCGCCACUUCCAUGUCCCAGACACUGGUGUAAAAGAUAACAUCUAUAGGAAACCCCCCAUCUACAAACAGCAUGGUCCUGUAGCCCAAUCCCAAAUUUCCAAGCUCUCUGGCCUGGUAUCAGUCUUGUCCUUGGUGGUGCAGGAGGCAGGCUGCUCCAAAGGACUGCCAGGCCCAAGCCCGCCUCAGGCUGCAGCUGCCAGGCGAUCGGAUGGGGAGGAUGGAAGUUUGGACCAGGAUAACAGGAAGCAGAAGACCAGCUGGCUGAUUCUCAAGGGGGACACAGACACAAGGACCAACUCUCCAGACCUGGACAGCCAGUCACUGUCCCUCAGCAGCGGGACUGACAGAGACGCUCUCCAAAGAGUGCAAGGGGACAACUUUCACUCACAAUGCCAGCCUAGCCCCGUGUGGAGCAGACCCGGAUGCCAGCUGGGGCAUGCGAGAAUACAAGAUCUACCCUUACGACUCCCUCAUCGUAACAAACCGAAUCCGUGUGAAACUGCCCAAAGAUGUGGACCGGACGAGACUGGAGCGCCCACAUCUCCAAAAUGCCUUGGCGGCAAUUCCUAGACUACAUCCAACCAGACAACUGGGCCCACGCAAGUUGACACUCAAAACGCAGCCGUCACAGGCAGCAAGGUGAGGGGCGGGAAACGGGCCUCUUGUCCAGCCCCCGUGUCCAGGCGAGCCCCUCGAGGUUGGCUGCCCCCGGGUUACACUCUGAGACCUUCCUGCGUGCUCAGGCCGCCUCUCCACUCCCGGGCUGAGCACGCACCCAAGUGUGCUCCAGCAGGCAGAGCCGGUUCUGGGACGCACCGGAAAAGUCAGGCCUGCAGCUAAAGAAUGCCUCCUUUGUUUAAACCCGCCAGACAGGUCUGAGGAGAGCGCCACCCUGACAGACUGCUGGUUUAGGAGCCAGGUGGGUGUGCCUGCGGGGUGGGCUUGCGCCGGAAUCCGGGACUCCGUGGCCUCCCUGGCUGGGACGCUGUGGAGAAACUCAAGCAGACCUGCGGCUGAAAGGAAGCACUGGGGUCCGGGGCAGCGGACAGUGCGGGCCAGAGGCCAGCUGGGCAGCCUCACAGGCCAGGCCAGUGGCAGGGAGGGCACGGGCAGUGCAGGAGGGGUCCUGGGGGCAGAUGCAGAUUCGCAGACACAAACAGACGAGGUGGACUGUCCUUCCCCUCAGUAAGGGUGGGAGGGUGUGGCCAGCAGACUGAACUGUGCCCACCCCACUUGUAGCUGAGAGCCGGAGGAGGGGUGGCCAGGUCACAGUGCCCUUCUCCUGGAGGGUGCCUGUCACCAUUCACAGCAGCUUCAGAAGCCACCAGGAGCUCCUGCCCACACAGCCCAUGGCACCGCCGGCAGCGCCAGGGCCUCCAACACCCACACCCUCACCCUGCUGUCCUUCCCUGCCCUCUGUCCUCUCCGUUCAGCCACCAGCUCCAAGCCAUCCCUCGGGAGGCUCCCGUGGUGUGGCACAGGCAAGGCUGCGUCCUCUCCCCUGCAGCACGCAGUGCGCGGCUGUCUGCCGUCCGCUCCUUGUCCUCCUCCUCCAUUGCGGUGACCAGCAAAGACUCAACCCUGGUGAGACCCAGCAGACCACUGGCUUGCCCCUCUUCCUCCCUUUAGACACACGGUCACAGGUAGCAAGUGCACUGGGCACUGCUGGGAUCCUGCUGUGCCACCUCACUAGGACCUUCCUGUCACCCCCGUCUGCCACCUCUGUGCCCGUUCCCUGGCCUCAGACCCCACCGUGGGGAGGAAGGGGCCUACAUGGCAGAAGGCAGGGCCAAUGUGGCAUGGGCCCCGCUCGUACUGGCGCUGGGUCUGGAUUCUCCCCACGCGUCAGCCCUGUCCUUUCUCUUGUUCACUCCAUGCCUGCUAAGCGCCCCCAGCCCACCCCAGCCAGAGGCAGUGUUGGAGCAAGGUCUGGCCUGCCACAGGCCCUCAGUCAGCAUUCGCUGGGUAGCGGUAGGAAGGAUCUCCUCACAUGGCUCCUUUGAUCUCACUGUCUUGACUGUGAUGCAGAAGGUGGCGAUUGGUACCACAGGUGCAGGGCUGCAGACUUGCACGACACACCUAGUGUCUUAAAUGUAUGGAGAGACACAGUCUGGAGUGGUGACUCUAAGUCUCUGUGGACUGGGUUGUGGAUUUCUCAGCACACCAAGAACCCCCAGUCUCAACACCAUGCAAAUGGUUAAUUUCUGGCAAGCACCAGGGUUCUUUUCCUGUUUUCAAACUUGAGAUAGCAGCAGGCAGCUGAGGGCCUCUUCCUGGCAGAGACUUGCUGGAUGCGCUGUGUGUGACUGUGAGUGUGUGUGUGAGAGUAUGCGUGUGAGAGUGUGAGUGUGUGUGAGAGUGUGUGCAAUAGUGUA